UCAAAUUUUUAGGUUUCAUACACAUUGCUUCAGCGGUAAAUAUGGAAGAAAAGAACACCCAUGACCGGACGAGGGAGAGGAAGUUGCAAGAACAGGAGGGAUCGAGCAAGAGAACAAGAAAGAAUCAUGAUUCUGAUGACGAGGGUUCCAGGAAAAGAACAAGAAGCAAUCACUAUUCCGAUGCGGCAGGGUCGACAAGGGGAACCAGAAAGAAUCAUGACUCUGAUGCGGUGAGGUCGAGGUAUGGAACCAGAAAGAAUCAUUAUCAUCAUCAUGACUAUGAUGCAGACGGUUCGACAAAGAGAACAGGUAAGAAUCAUCAUGACGAGUGGUCGACGAAGGGAAAAAGAAAGAAUCAUGACUCUGAUGCGGAGGCGUCGAUGAAGGAAACCAGAAAGAAUUAUCAUUACUAUGAUGCGAAGAGUUCGACGGGGAGAACAAGAAGGAAUCAUCAUGACUACGAUGCCGAGGGGUCGAGGAAGGAAACUGGAAAGAAUUAUCAUUACUAUGAUGCAGAGAGUUCGACGAGGAGAACGAGAAGGAAUAAUCAUGACUACGAUGCCGAGGGAUCGAGGAAGGAAACUGGAAAGAAUCAUGACUAUGAUGCAGAGAGUUCGAUGAGGAGAACAAGAAGGAAUCAUCGUGACUAUGAUGUCGAAGGGUCGACGAAGGAAACUGGAAAGAAUUAUCAUGACUAUGAUGCCGAGGGGUCGAGGAAGGGAACCAGAAAGAGUCGUCAUGCCCAUGAUGCUAGGAGGGGAACUGGAAAGAAUCAAGACUCUGACGCAGCAGAGUCGACGAAGGGAACCAUAAAGAAUCAGGACUCUGAUGUGAGCAUCAGUCGAACGUCAGACGACCGUUCCAACCAGAGGCAAGAUGAUCAUGUUGGUGGCGGCCGUGCUUAUUAUGACCGAGAACAGAGGUAUGAUUCCUUCAAGCGUGUUUACUAUUGUUACCCACUAUCCUUUGUUGAAGACAUAGCCGACAUGGGAACUGGGAACAAAAUCAUUAUGCCAGAGGCGGCACUAAUGCCACUUAUGGAAACCCGGAUCACCAUGCCAAUGCUAUUUGAGAUACAGAACAACUCAACGGGGAAGGUUUCACAUUGUGGGGUUUUGCAGUUCACUGGAAUGGAAGCGGAAGCUAUCUUCUUGCCGGAGUGGAUGAUGAAGAACUUGGAAUUGGAAUUGGGGGAUUCUGUUACUUUGAGGAAUAAGAGCUUGGAGAAGGGGAAGAAAAUCAAGCUGCAGCCGCACACCAUGGAUUUCUUGGCAAUCAAGGAUCCAAAAGCUGCACUGGAAAGCAAUCUUCAGAACUUCUGCUGCCUAACGGCAGGGGAUACCAUCAUGAUCACUCAUGAAUGCAAGAGUUUUUACAUUAAUGUGCUAGAAACAGAGCCAGGUUAUGCUAUUUGCAUCACUGAUACAGAUUGUGAGGUCGACUUUGCUCCUCCUCUGGACUACAAAGAGCCUGAAAAAAGUCCUGUCAAGAAGGAACUAGCGACGACUGAGCAGCCAAAGUUUCAACCCUUCAAAAGACAGUUGCAAGGAGAACCUUCCACACAGGGUGUGGAAGAGAAGGAAAAGCAGAAAUUCGUAUCCUUCAUGGGUAAGUCAAAUCGCUUGGGAGGGGGAGCUUGGAAGCAAGAGGAGUGGAAUACGCAUCCAAAGUUUGAGGGUUUGGAUGAGGAGUCCUCCACAGUGUGGCCGGAAGAGCAAGAGAAGCAAACUAAGCAAGUCAAAUUCAUUCCUUUUACAGGUUCGUCAAGGCGCUUGGAUGGGGAGUCAGUUUCUGCAUCAUCAUCUAUACCUAUGACUGAUAAGCAACCAACUACUGUUGCAGGUGGAAUAAGUAUGGCUGUUAAACCAAUGUUCAAACCCUUUAUGGGUUUUUCCAGGCGCUUGGAUUCUGCUUGACAGGCAUUUGGUUGCUCUGUUUGACAGACACAAAUAUAAAUCGUUCUGUUUAUGUUAAUGUGAUAUAUACAGUACAAAUUAUUUGCAUUUUGUUGCUUAAUUUUGCUUAUCAUUUUUUUUCCCUUGUGCAGUAUAUUGUUGCAAUAAAUAGCUUAAUCAGAG